UUUCAAAUAGUUUAAACGCGGUUUAAGGCUUGAUCGACGUUGGUAAAAUCGGAUUUUAAUAACCUAACGCGACUUUAGUUGCGUUGUAUUUGUUCCUUUCUCUGAGACAUUUUAUAACGCGUGAUGGAGAAAUAUCAGCAAAUGAAAGCAUUUAUAUCGGUGGCAGUGGAUUACAACAAACAUCCUAAUGAAAAUGCUACAUCCGAUAUACAAAGAACUCUUGGGGUAAACAUAAAGAUAUAUGGUAAUAAGUGCAUCAUUGGAUCUCAGUAUUUUUGAUCCUGGUACCAGUAUAGCUGCAGAAUUCUAUGUGAGCUUGUAUGAGCUUAUGAAUUCUUUGGGAUCACGGUCUACUUUGAUUUGGAGUGCCAUAGAUGUCCUACAAAAUGCUUGUCGGAAUGUUCCUGCUAGACAAGCCCUUAUUCAUACAUACAAAUUUGCACCAAUAUUGGCAAGGUUAUUAGAGGCAAAUUUGACAACUGAAAAGAGAAUAAGGGUUUUGAAACUACUUCAGGAAUUAACAUAUGGAAUUAAGAUAUCAUGGCAAGAAGCUCAUCUUCCAUAUUUAAUUUCUACAUUAACCCAGUGGAUCGAACAAUCAAAAGAAGAAAAGAUUAUUGCACUUUCCCUAGGAGUACUAGUAAAUCUGUGUUAUAAAAAUCUUCCAGCAGUAUACACAUUGAUGAGAACCAUCAAAACUAAAGAGUUUAUUCGAACAUUACUGAAGCUCCAAGAUCAUGUCAGUACUAGUGUGCAAUGUUGCAAACUCUUGAUUAUACUUGAGCCAACUAAUACAAACAUUUCUGAGAAAUAUAUCCUGGACUUUGUAUCGUUGACUUUUGUCAAUCUCAGGACAGCCAUGAAAGAAAAAGAUAUCUUGUUGUUAAGACAUAUUAUUGACUUCUUCAAUGAUGUUGGGCAAAACGAACAUUCACGAAAUGUGCUAGUUACAUAUUCGAAUUACCAGAAAGAUGUAGAGAAUAUAUUAGCUAUAUUGGAAGAAGAUACAGACCCAGAAUGUGUCGCUCUUAUGAUGGAGUUCUUGUUAUCAUUAGUGAAACUGAAGUUAUCAGCCUUAACACCUUUAUAUCCUAUUUGUAUAAAAUCAGCUAUGACAUGGGUACCUGUGGAACAAGUGUGUUCUAAAGCUUUAGCACUCAUACGAACCGUGAUAAUUGAUUCACGACGCACCAAAACUUCCACUGACGUUCUAGUGGAACUAGAUCCAUCUGUUCUUAUGCUCAUAACAAGUUCAGGAGAUGGAAGUAGGAAUGCGGAGACGGAAGCUAAACAAGCUGAAUUAAUGCAAUUGUUUCAAGAAAUGAUUAAAAAUCCUACACUCAGAAAGAAGAUUAUGCAGUCGUUCAGCGAGCACGAGAUGCGUAGAUUAUUUAGUCACAUGCUAAAUAAUGAUUUUUCUGCCGCUGGAGAUUGGACUGGAAACUUCAUUCAGAACGCUUCCACCAACCUUUACAUUCAUGCAUUAGUCUUAACGGCAGAUUUGGCAGCGAAUCAUUCUAAUUGGUUGACAUUGUAUUCCGAAUUGCUCAGUAGCAAACAAGUACAAAUGAUAAUGGCGUUAGCAUUAUUCACCGGUGACAGCGAAGUGAAGCAGAAAGUUUUGCAGUUAACGUCGUCGGUUGGGUUUCCACAGGAAUGUGUUAGCGCAGUGGCACUUUGCAUGAAGGAAUUAGAACCAUUGAUACUAGUGCAGAGUACCAAUAGCGAUGUAUUGAGAAAUAUUAUGAAUAAGGCACCUCUGAAUUAUACCGGCAACGAAAUGGCACCUUUAUUCUCAAUCGCGCAAGAGGAACGUCUUGAUGCAUGUUUAACCAAACUACAAUUGGCUUUCGAGUUGAAUCAGAUUACAAAUAUUCCGACAUCCGCGAUAAUGGAGUUGUACGAGUAUAAGUUAGCAACAAUGAGACAUUCCGAAAGGGCGAUGCAAUCGAGCUUAGAAGCGGCCAAUAGCCACUCUACCAGUCUCCAGCACAGAGUGGCACAAGUGGUAGCUGAAUCUUGUAGAUUACAUCAACUAUUGUUCGACACCCAACAAUGUUUGGAAGGAACAAAAGCUGAAAGAACUAUAUUAACAGGGAAGCUCAAUGAAAUGGAAGAUCAGUCUAAAAAGGCGCUUUUGAUAAAGAAAAAAGAGAUCGAGUCCUUGAAAAAAAUUGUGGUGGAAAAAUCGGCGAACGUGGAUCUUCUGAAUGAGAGAUUAACGCAACGUACGAGUGAAUUAGAAGUCAGUAACAAUAAAAUUGACAUGUUAAACAGAAGAGUCCAAGAACUAGAUAAUGAACGUUUAACCGCUGAGACGAGAGCUACGGAUAUGAACAACAUGAAUCGUGAAUUAAAUAAAGUUGUGCAGAAGAUGAAGGAUUCUCUCAGUAAAAAAGAACAGAUUUUAGAGAAGAAAAAAGCAGAAAUUGAAACGAAUCAGAGGGAUAUAUCCGCGCUUAAGCAAGAGCUUCAACAGAUGACGCACAUGUUGCAUACAUAUGAGCAAACAAUAUCGGAGAAAGAAGGAAAUAUUUCAAAAAUGAAAGCGGAAUUGACUGACUUGAGCCGUAUGCGAGAUAUGAUCUUCGAGCUUACCGCUAAGAAGAAAGAUGAUUUGAAUUCAAGCUAACAUCUUUUUCACCUUAGGACUUGUACUAAUGUACGCGUUAAAUGCGUAUAUAAAUUUGUAAAUGCAAUUUUAUCUUUUUUUUACUAUUUUCAUAUACAUAUUUAGAUAAAUAAAUAUAUUCAGUAAAUAUUUUAUAUUCAGUCAUAUUUUACAAUCGUCAACAUAUUUUACUCUCGUCAACAUAUAAAAUAAGCAAGCACAUCGAUCAAGUUUGUAUCCUAAUAAAUUUAAUUGUAAUAGCAUAAUGCAUAUUUGAACUGAGAAAUUUAUUAAAGGAAUAGGAAAUGCGAACACUAUAUGAAAAAUUGUAUAUAAACAAUAUUGAUUAUUAUUAUUGUACACUUUUUGGUCAUUGCACAUUAAACAUGAUCAUUAUAUUCAGAUAAAACUUUUGUAUAAUUAUCUGCAUAAGACUAUUCUUACAUUUUUUCUCGUAAAUUAGAACGUAAGUACAUGUACGCAAAAGUUCUCAUGUUCUUAAAAUACUAUAAAAUAGAUUAAAAAUGUAUAAUACGCAUGCAAUGUAUCAUUACGAUUAGCAAUAGUGAUUUUGUCAAUGGCUAAAGUUAUAUUGUAGUGCAUCAAUACUAUGCUUUCAUUAUACUAAGUACGAUUGUUUAUGAUCUCUGCUUGAUUUAUUUCAUAAAUACAUAGAAUAACAUUUCUACAAAUAAUUAUAUAUAUAUAUAUAUAUAUAUUUUUGUUCAAC